AUGGGUAAUCUGAAUGUACCCAGCCUGUACAUACAGCUGGUGCCCCCCGUAGACCUGGAAAUGACUGGCGUCAAAUGUGGAGGAAUCCUAUCUGCUUCAUCUGGCAACAUAUCAAGUCCGAACUUCCCAGGCCUGUACCCCUACAACAUUGAGUGUGCCUGGCUCAUUGUUGUGUCAGAGGGCUCCUCUGUCCUCCUUACCUUUCACCACUUUGAGCUGGAGUACCAUGCGAGCUGUGCUUACGACUACAUCAAGAUCUAUAAUGGCAUAUCUGAGGAUGAGGGGAACCUCCUCGGGACGUUUUGUGGUGACAUUUCCCCUCCCCAGUUCACCUCCUCCUGGAACGUCAUGUCCAUCAUCUUCCAUUCAGACCGUCACGUGGCCCACAGGGGCUUCACAGUUGGCUACAGGAAAGACAUGUGCGGUGGAGUCCUAACUGGCCUAUCAGGUGUGAUCUCCAGUCCAGACUACCCUCAGGAGUACAGCAACAAUGCUGACUGCUCUUGGACCAUCCAUGUCUCCAACACUACUGUGGUCAGUCUAGUCUUCCUGGACUUCCAGCUGGAGAACAAUGAGGGCUGCAAUUUUGACUUUGUGGCUCUCUUUGAUGGCCCCACAGUCACCCACCGCCACCUGGGCAACUACUGCGGGGGAGAUAAACCCCCCAAAACUGUCACCACGUCCAACCAGCUUCUGGUGGUCUUCAAAUCUGACUUCAAUAUUGGGGGACGGGGCUUCAAGGCAUACUAUUACUCAGGGGAAUGCCAGCAGAUGCUGUCAGCUGUAAAUGGCAACUUCAGCAGCCCACAUUACCCCAACAUCUACCCAAACAACAUCAACUGCCACUGGACCAUCACUCUAGCAGCUGGAUACCGAAUUAAACUGUUCUUCCCGGUCAUGGACUUGGAGGAUCGAAACAGCCUGUCAGACCGGUGUGACUAUGACUCUGUUGCAGUGUAUGAUGGGGACAGACAGACGGACCCCCUGCUGGGACACUGGUGUGGCAGGGAACAACCGCCUGCCCUCGUCUCAAAGGGCAACAAGUUACUGGUGGUACUCAGCACAGACAGAAAUGAAGCCCACAGGGGAUUCAGCGCUUCCUAUGUUGGAGUGGUGCCGGUGAACAUUAGCUGCACGAGGACAGAGUUUUCAAUUUUGAUACCCCUGCAGUCCUUACCUCAGCUGGACCGUGAGAGCAUCUACCUGGGGAAUCCCACCUGUGCAGCCCAGUUGACAGCCACCUCAUAUAAGAUACUUGCACGCUUCGUCAAUUGUGGUACCGCGGGCCAGAAACGCCGGAACAUCACCAUGUUGGUGAACACACUCUACAUUGACUUCUCUGAUGGGAAGCAGCAAAACGUGCAGGAAUACGAGGUGCAGUGUGAUGCCCAGAGAAAGGUAGCGACAGUGGCCCUCAUUUCAACAGAAGAACGUCAUCGCAUGGAUGAGCUGGCCCGCCAAGCAGAAAGUGCCAGCACUGGCAGUGAGGAGGAUGAGGAUGCCGAGGCCCAUGACCCGAGUGAUAUUGUGUUUAUCAGCAUCUGUGUACUGGCUGUCAUUCUCAUGGUGAUAGCUAUUGUAUGGCUAGUACUUCUUUAG